AUGCAAGAUGAGGUUACCGAGACAAGUAUCAUUUCGAAUGGUAGUACAGAUGAUUUGAGCAGCGUGAGCUUUCUCGAUUUUAGAUCAAAGGUAGGUUCUCCUGAAAGAGCGGAUGGGCUCUCGAAAGUAGAGAUGCCAGGGAAGGAUGAAGACUUUUUUCAAAAUCCGAAGAAUUGUGCUUCAUUAAUGAAUUGGAGUUCAUUGAAUAAAAUUUACCCAAUUUUAGGGGCAUAUGGUGGUCCUACAUCUAUCUAUCCGACAAAAUAUUGUUCAGUGAUUGGGACUGCAAAGGGAGUAAUAAUGAUAUUCAGUGCAAAACAACUCCUACUCAAUACUUUGGUGCCUCGGAAUAAAGAAAGUAAUCAUAACGAUUAUUUGCGAUCUCCUGUAGUUGCUAUUGUAGUGAGUGCCGAUGGAACUCAUUUAGCUGCGAGUUACCAAAGUGGCGAUGUCUUUAUAUGGAAUUUGAAUGCUGUGGAGGGUGAAAUGCGAAAUACGGGCCUAAAGACUCUCACUGAUCCUUUGGAUGCUAUACUUCAUAUUGCGAAGCAUCGUGGUAAUGUCAUCAAUGGUAUGGGAUUUGUCGCUUUAAGACACACUGCGUUAAUUGUUAGUGAUAAUUCUGGUCAAAUAAUGUAUCAUAACGGGUAUCGAUCUCGUCUCUGGGCCCUGACGUAUAGCUCUGAACGAAUAAUCGAGAUCAGCUCCAGAAAUCAACUGAUGAAUUCAAAAGUGGCACCUUACGCGGAGAACGGGGGUUCUUUGCAUCUUGUUGCCGUUUUAACCUCCGUCGAUUUAGCCGUGGUAUCCACAAACCCCCAUCUCACUACCCUUUUCCAUGAAAAAUUGCCGCCAAAAGUAACUCGAAGUCCUUUGACAAAUAGUUGUCUAUCGUGGUACCGGGACUCAUCCCGGGUGGCAUAUUCAGUCAAUCGCAGAAUAGGUGUCUUUAUCUUUAACGAUUUGCCGUCAUUUACUUUGCAAAGCAGGCUUUACUGGGAUGCCGACGAGCCAAUACUGUCUUUGCAAUGGGUAAAUGAGCGACUAUUGGGUAUUCUAACCAUCUCGCAUCAAUUUUUAAUGGUUGAUGUUCAAAAUGACUUUAAUUCUGUAAUAGAGCUGGACCUAUUACCUCAUGAUCUCUUGAUCCCACUCGAUAAGCAUUUUGCAAUACGUGACAACGAGCUUUACUUAUUAACACACUAUACUUUCAAGAUUGGUAAGUUCGUCACCUGGCUAGAUAUCACACUGAGUCGCGUCCAGAAGGGUGACUAUAUCGGCGCAUUGACUUUCUUCAGGUCUUUGCUAAGACCAGAUCUUCCAAUUGCGAGUCUUAUCAAAGUGGCACGUAAGCAAAGAAAGAAAGAAGAGCAGCUAAGGCGGCCGUUCUACAAUUUAUCUUUGGCGGCUUUAAGAUUUGUUCUUGGACAAUCAACUGUCGAUUAUAACGAGGUUUAUUCACUUUUCUCCAUGGUUUUGCAGAUUGUUGGAAUGUUUCAAGAUGAGGAUGUUAGAAGAGGUUACACGGAUUCAUUCCUCGAGCAAUCUCUGGAAUUUUUCGGGGAUGAGAAAUCUGACAUUUUGUUUGAAGUAUUGGUCAAUCACAUAAUGGAAGGAUCAUUAACUGUCUUACCGCCACUAAUUUUCAAGAAGAUGUUGAAACAUUACGCGGAUAUCGGGAGAACAGCCGCGGUUGAGGAGUUGAUUGUAAUGCUUGAUCCCAAAAUGUUGGACAUAGAUCUUGCGGUAAAACUUUGCAUAGAGUAUGGACUCUUCGAUGCACUGGUAUACAUCUGGAAUGAGAUUUUCGGCGACUACAUUACUCCCCUUGUGGAUGCAAUUUGUAAGGUUAGCCAGUUGCCUCAGAAAUGCACUUUAUUCGCCAAUUUAGAAGUGAAGGAUAUGAUAAAGAUUUUUGAUUACCUUUCAUUUACUCUCACCGGAAGACGUUAUCCUGGAACGACGCCCAUAACUCCGUUAGAAUUACAAGCACAGGUCAAGACGAAUCUGUACAGUGUGGCUUUCAGUGGAACUUGCAUCGAAUGGCCUGCCGGUGGCUCUGAAAAGAUUCACACCAAAUUAGAACCGUCAGAUGAGCCCGCAUUUCCAUAUUUUAAGCUGCUAUUGGAAUACAAUCCAGUAAGAUUCUUAUCGACAUUAAACGAAGCCUUUGAAGAUCCCUAUUUCAACGAGAGUGAUCCACUGCUAGGCAGCGAGCAGCAGACGGUUCCGGUCAAUCGUCAAAAUAUCAUUCAUGUCAUGCUGGACAUUAUUCGCAGUAGUCCCGACGACAAAAGCUUGCAAAAGGCGCUGCUAGCUAUAUUUGUGGCCGGAAACUCAGCGAAAUACACUCAGUUCAUCCACCUAUCCAAUCAAGAUCUUGAAAAGGUGACUGAUGCUCUUUGCCAGUACCCACAGCCGGAGCUCAGGAAGGAUCUUCAAAUGGCUCUUGAGUCUCUUGUCACAGCAUACACUCCUUACGACACUGAAAAGCUCAUUAUGCGACUUAAAGAAAAGGAUUUCAAAAGAGUUCUUUUUACAAUGUACUUAAAGACCAAGAGAUACGUUGAUCUAUUUCUUUUAGUGGUCGAGUCUCGUGAUACUGGGACGGAUUUCGAUGAAGACAUCGUGCCGCUUGUGAAACUGGUGUUAGCAAAGACCAGGCUUGACGCCAUUGCGCACGUCUCGAUUAUCAAUAUCAUAAAGGAUAACUUCCCUUGGUUAGUGGAGAAGUUAGGGCCCGAGAGAGCUGCCUUGAGUUUCGAAAACUACGAUUCGGAGAUCCAUAAUUUUGUGAUGACGCUUCAUGAUCAAAAAUCCCAGCGAGAAUAUUUGGGGACAGUAUCGAUGUUGCCAUCUUCGCAGCAUUUAAACCUCGAGCUCAAAAAGCUAUACAUCGAGCUGACAAUCGAAAAAAUGAGCAGAGAGAAACUGAUCCCUUGGUUGGACAGUAUAAAUUUCAAAAAUGUGGAUGCUCAUCUCGUUCUCAGUCUCCUUCUAGCAAGAAAGCAUUUCGAGGGAGCAUCAGUUAUUCACAUGCGUCUCCAGAAGUACACAGCAGUUGUUGAUGACUUGCUUCAUUGCCUUAGAGAAUGGUUUCAGCUAGAGUCUCAACCAUAUCAAAUUCUCGACAGUUAUCUAGCGUUAGCGGUCGAUGCUGCUAACGCUUCACAUGAAGACAGACAAGCCAAUUGGACAAACUUAUUAGCUUGUUUGAUCGAACAGUACGGCAACCAUAAAAUGAACAGCGAGCACAGAGAAAAUUGCAACAAAGCCUUACAGAAGCUCUUUGUCAGGCUUGCUAUCUCCGAUGCACCCUCAAAAGGGGACAAUAUUGGAGAGUUUUGGACUAUCCUUACUGGUGUUUUAGAACACCAAGACGUAAUAAUGCGGAGAGCUCAGGAUUUGAAAGAGCUGCUUCUGGACAUUUUUAAGGCAUAUAAUAUUCAGGAACACAUAUCGAGGAUGAUUUUGAAGAUAGUGGAAGAUUCUUCCGGAGGUAUUACACGGCAAUACAAUGAUCGCCUUCAAAAUGGCCAUUCAAUUUAUAACGACGAGUGUGAGGCUUGUGGAAAGAAAAUAUGGGGAAAAGGUCUCAAUCCUGAUAUAUUUCGAGUUUGGGAAGCUGAGAUGAGAAAAAUGCUCAACUAUAAGGAUGUGAAAGGCUUAUCCAUCAUAGUGUUCUUUUGUCGUCAUGGAUUCCAUAAAGGCUGCCUAGACAAUCUGGGACAAUACGAAGAUGCAUAUUUCUGCUUGAUAUGCAAUAAACAAAAAUAA